AUGGAGUCGAGCGUGCCAAUGAUAUUGCCCAAGGGCAUUGUCAUCAACACCACAAACAUUUACGACGAGGUCGCCAGCUACUCCACAGUUCCAGCCGACAAGGUCUGGGAGUAUUGGCAUGUAUACACAACCACCAACAAGAGGCUCGAAGAUCCCACAGCGCGCCGCCUCGAGAACUUUUGGUGGCAUGUAUGGGGCAGCGAUCGUCGCUUUCUCAGCGGUCGAGCGCUGGCCCGCAUCUAUGAGGACAUUUCCGUUGGCCCGACUAUCGCGCCGCUGCAGGGUCCCCCAAAUCGAUGGGAGGGUCCGAAUGCUCCUCUGGUGACCAGACAGCUCGUACUGGCCCACCUGAGCCAGGAGCGAAUCGCACAACAGAAUCGCAUCUCAUCGCCGCCGACCACGAAACCGAGUGACGCUUCAGCCGAGAGCCUGUCAUGCUCGACUACUUCGAAACCUGUGGCUCCACACCCGAUCCUGAAAAAGUCUAGGGGUCCAUCCUCGUCGGGUCCCCGGCCGACAGCUCGGUUCGCCUCCCCCCCCGAAUCUGCAGACGAAGCCGACAAAGACGUCGAUUUCCCUUCGUCUGGCAGCACCGCGACUACGGGCUUGGAAAUGCCGUUGAAACCAUCCAAGAAGAAGCCAACAACAGCAGGCAAGAAGUUCGUGGUGGCGUCGGCUGCUGCCAGGAGACGGCCCUUGCUCCCCAGAAAAACAAGUCCGCAGUCGCCGAUACAAACGACAAUGGCAUCACGGGACGCUAACUUCUCGACGGGCUCUCGAGCGGCGGGACCGCCGCGCCCCGUAUCUCCCAUGCCCGAACGAUCGUCGAAUCUCACUGGCCAUGAUUCAGAAGAUGCCAAGGAGAGCAGCGCUCGCCUGCCAGGCCCCAGCGCCAAGGCGCUCGGCAAGCGUCCCGCCUUACCUCCGAGGGCCAUGUCCGAGAGGGGCGGAAUCGCCAGCAGACAGAGUCUACAGUCAAGCUCGCUGGCAGUUCUGGGGGCGAUGGGGCGAGAAAAGGCUUCGCUGCCUCGGGUGCAGUCUUACCUCGGCGACGGUCUCCAUCCCAAGCCACCCCGUGCCUUUUCUGAAACGACCGGACUGGCUGGCUCCUCCGCUGUCGAGCCACCUCCAGCCAUGGAACGCUCUCAGUCUCACAACGGAUACGGCCGCUACUCGGAAGCCCGGGGCUCCACGCAGGGUCUCUUUACUGGCGCAACCGCCUCCAUGACAAACGUGGCCGCCCAAGGAACCAUAAUCGACCAGGCAGGCUCACUGCCUGUUUCCAGCGUCCUCGGGUCGUCACUCAACGAACCCCUGUUCCCCACCCCGCCCUUGGCGUCUUCACUGCUUGAAUCCCGCCUGACCCCCACGCAACCGGGCUCAUCUGCUAGCGUGCCGAUGGGUCGGACAAGAAGCCAGCUGACGCUGUUGCUGGAACGCGAGAAGGCGAGGACCGGUGAUAGGCCACGGCCCAAGAGCUAG